AUGAUAAAGGCAUUUAUUUUUAGGGCGUUUGGUCAUGCUGAAAAACUUCACAGUGAAGCUGAGGAUAAAAGAAAGCAUGGAGAUGAAGAACAAGCGUAUAUUUUGUAUUACAGAAUGUGUGAGAUUGCCAGUAUGAUUAAGGACAAGAAUGACUUCGGCCAUUUCAAGAUGACUCCGGAUGGCCGGCUUUUGCGCCAUAUUUUUGAAGAAGCAUUGUCAAAGUUGGAUGAGUUAGAAAAAAGUUUAACUGAGCAGUAUGAGAAGAAAAGAAUAGAGAAACCGGAUGUUGUUCAGAGAGAAACCAUCUCCUCUUCAAAAAGCCCUGCUGAAGUUGAUGAUAGCAAAGAUGUUACUUAUACUAUUCUUCCGCGGGAUCUUAUGACCUUUGUUAAGAAUCAGAAGAAAGUUCUUUUCAUUGACUAUCGUGAAGACUCUUCUUCCUUUAUCAAGUAUGACCGUCCAGAAGGAGUUUUUGUUGCUCGAGUGCCACCAAAUGCUAUUGUUCCUGGAUACAUCGGUCAAACUUUGAUUCGUUCGGCACCAGUCAGUGAGCGAGUGAAUUUGCAACGUAUGGGCGAAGUAGAUUUGGUUGUUCUUGUUGGCACAGAGACUCCUGUAAUUAAAGAAGGUGGGCUGCAGAAGGGGUCCCGGGAACAGAUAUUAUUUGAUGCUUUAUAUAUGUACAAUAAUAAUUUUCGUUUGCAACGGCCUCCUGUCUUUUUGGAUGGAGGGUUUUCAAACUGGAAGCAGCAUUAUCCUAUGUACGUCACUAGUGAAGCUGAAAGAUCCAACAAACUUGAAGGACUUGAACCUUCGACUAAGCUUUCAUUAGCCGUUAGCCGUUAUACGGAAGAUUUACGAGAUAUUGAGAGGGUUACUUAUCCUGACCUGCGGGACGGCUCUAAUAGGCAUGUUACGACAUCUUCAUAUGACAUGACGAAAAAACGUGUUACUGCUAGUCCAAAAGAGACUGUCUUACCCAGGCAGGAAUACGCUUCUUGGGGUUCUCCCUUAGUGGCUGGACCCUCAGAUGCUUGGCAUUUUUCUGAUUUAGGAGGGGAAAUACAUAGUGAUCCUGAAAGUAAUUCUGGUUUCAAAUCACUCUCAGCUCCUCAGGAAAAAAACGUUGAUUUCAUACAGCAAAAAGAUUAUUUAUUAGUUUAUAGGUCAGAUAAAUCAGAGCAGUUGUUGUUGAUUUUCAAUGGCGCAUUACAACAGAUUGAUAAGGAGGCGAUUAAAGAACGGGUACGGCGUGGUUUUACUGGAUUAAAAAAUCUUGGAAACACUUGUUACAUGAAUGCUACAUUGCAAGCGUUGUUCAACACAUUACCACUGCGCAGGAUUUUCUUAUCACAGUCGUAUCUAAAUGAUAUUAACAGGACGAAUCGAAAAGGGACGCGUGGCAUUUGUUCAGUAGCUUUUUCUGCUUUGAUGGAAGCGGCAUGGAGUGGCAAAUACAGCGUAAUCAAUCCAAGUUUUUUUCGCAGCAUUUUUGUCAGUCAUGUUAACCAUGAUUUUGGCGAUUUUAAACAGCACGAUGCUCAGGAAUUUCAAAUUUUUUUACUGGCUGCAUUACACGAAGACAUGGACAAGGUGCAGGAACCUAAGAUUUUUGAACAAAACUACACAGGCAAAAAUCUUCAAAAAGAAGCCCUCGAAUUUGAAGAGAAUUGGAGGUUAUAUACCAAUUCACUGAUUAAUGACGUUUUUAGGUGCAUUACACUUUCGGUGAAGAAAUGCGGUACAUGCAAUUACAAAAGUGUUUCGUUCGAAGAAAUAACUCAGCUUUCUAUCGCCAUAUCGGAGACGUCUUUGAGCGAAUGCAUUGCUUCCCAUUUCAAGGAGAUCUCGCUCAAAGGGGAAUCAAGGUGGAAGUGCCCCGACUGUAAUCACUAUCGUGAUUCUUCUUUAAAAACAGGCAUCUGGAGAACUCCUCAGAUUUUGGUGAUUCAUUUGAAACGAUCGUUUGAUGGGGUGAAUAAGAACGAUACUCUUGUAGCAUUUGGUACUGACACUUUAGAUUUGAAAUCGUGUUUACAUUCUUCAGCUACUUCUAGCGGUUCUCGAUACAAGCUAUACGCGGUUACUAACCAUAUAGGAAGUCUUAAUAGUGGACAUUAUGUAGCGUAUAUUCGAAAUGUACAAGACGAUGGGACGACACAGUGGCUAGUUGUUGAUGAUGACGUUGUGAGGCCGAUAAGUGAAAAUGUCCUUUGUACAAAGCAUGCUGUUGUAUUGUAUUAUAUAAGAACUGAUUGA